CAGGGGCGGACUGACCAUUUGGAAACCCAGGCACUGCCCAAGGGCUUGGGGUCAGUAGGAGGCCCCAUGAGAUGGCCCUGGUACCUUUUUCAUAGGCUUUUUUGAGUUUGGGCAAGGACACAGGGGCCCCAUGAUCCCCUAUUGCCCGGGGGCCCCAUGAGUUGUCAAUCUGUCCCUGAUCAUUACAUGCAUAUUUUUUAACUGUCAGUGCCCAUCAAUGCCACUUGUCAGUGCCCAUCAGUGCACAUCAAUGCCACAU